UCUGUCAAAAUAUUUCCGAACAUUUAAAAUUGACAAUUCAGGGAACAUUACUCGGCAAUUUCAGAAAGCGGCGGUAGCAAACAAAUUGUUUGCUGUAAAUAAAUUGUGUUUAAGUUUUUGUUGUUUAAAUUUGUUAGAAUAUUACUACGUUUUUGGUAAAAUAUUGCACAAAAUUAAAUUAGGAUGCCUACAUAUAAGGUUAAAGUUAAGUGGGGCCGCGAAAUGUACCCAAAUAUUGAAGUAAACACCGAUGAAGAUCCAUUACUGUUUAAGGCCCAACUUUUUGCUUUGACAGGUGUGGCACCUGAACGUCAAAAAGUCAUGUGUAAGGGUGGUAUAUUAAAAGAUAAUGAGUGGAAUAUACAAAUCAAGGAUGGCGCCACAGUGCUUCUAUUAGGAACGAAAGAUCCCGUCAACCAAGAGCCACCAACGGUCGCAGUUAAGUUUAUUGAAGACAUGAACGAUACGGAAAUGGCCGCUGUGACAGAAAUGCCUGCUGGACUCACGAACUUAGGGAACACGUGUUAUAUGAACGCGACCGUUCAGUGCCUGCGCGCCGUUCCUGAACUACGUACUUCUCUAGACAGUUUUCUUGUAGAAACUGGUGAUGCUGGGUCUUUAGCAUUAGCUAUUACCUCAGCUAUGAAAUUUCUAUUUAAGCAAAUGGAACGCGGCAGCACUGUAACUCCAAUAGUGCUUUUACAAACAUUGCACCGUGCUUCACCACAAUUUUCCCAAACUGGUGAAAAUGGUACUUAUCGCCAGCAAGAUGCUAAUGAAUGCUGGUCUGAAUUACUGAAAAUGCUGCAGCAGAAGUUACCAGCCGUUAAUGCAAUUGAAGAAGCAAAACAACUGAAAAAAUAUAACUCUUUUAUUGAGCAAUUUUUUGGUGGUACAUUUGAUGUGGAAAUGAGUUCUCCAGAGGCAGUUGAUGAACCAGUUAGCAAUUCAAAAGAACAAUUCUUGCAACUUAGUUGUUUUAUUUCACCAGAAGUGAAAUACUUACACAGUGGUCUGAAGUCGCGAUUGAAGGAACAAUUGGUGAAACGCUCUGAAACGCUUGGUCGUGAUGCCACUUAUACCCGUUCAUGUUUAAUAAGUCGUUUGCCCGCUUAUCUUACAGUGCAAUUUGUUCGUUUUCAAUAUAAGGGACGAGAAGGUAUUAAUGCCAAGGUUUUAAAAGAUAUAAAAUUCCCAAUGGAUUUUGAUGCAUUUGAUUUAUGUACUGAAGAAUUGAAAGCCAAGUUAUGCCCAAUGCGUGCUAAGUUUAAAGAAGCUGAAGACAAAAAAGUUGAAAACCAAAUGAUUGACACUGUAAGUAACGUAGGCAAAGAGGAGUCUAAGCAGGGGGAAUAUGAGGAAUUUUCGUUCGAUGACGAUCUGGGUAGCAAUAAUUCCGGUUUUUACACCCUACAAGCUGUGCUUACACAUAAAGGCCGUUCAAGUUCAUCUGGUCACUACGUCGCAUGGGUCCGUCACAACGAUGAAACGUGGUUUAAGUUUGAUGAUGACGUUGUUUCAUCGGUAACAAAUGAUGAAAUCUUACGUCUCUCAGGUGGCGGUGAUUGGCAUUGUGCCUAUGUUCUUCUUUAUGCUCCUAAAUUACUAAAGAAGCCAGCUGGGGAGGAGAGCAAAAAUUAAUUACUACGUGAUGCAUUUUACAGAAACAAACAAACCUUGCAUAAGGUUUCUUAAUUUUGUUUAGAAAUCAAAUAAACACACUUUUUUAUUAAACUAAAUUAAAUCAGCGAUAUAUUUAGUAAAUAAAUAUUAAAAACAACUUUCAAAAU